CAGGCGCGGCCCCGCGGCGCUGCGUGCGCGCUCCCCGGCCCCCCCGCCUUCCCCUCGCUCCUCGCCGCUCGCGCCGCCGCCGCGCUCGGCCCUGUCCGCCCCCCCUUUGUGAGGCGCCCGCUCCCCGCCGACUCGCCAUGGCCGACGAGAAGCCCAAGGAAGGAGUGAAGACUGAAAACAAUGACCACAUUAAUCUGAAGGUGGCAGGGCAAGAUGGGUCUGUGGUGCAGUUUAAGAUUAAGAGGCACACACCACUUAGCAAACUAAUGAAAGCCUAUUGCGAACGACAGGGGUUGUCAAUGAGGCAAAUCAGAUUCCGGUUUGAUGGGCAGCCAAUUAAUGAAACAGACACACCUGCACAGUUGGAAAUGGAGGAUGAAGAUACAAUUGAUGUGUUCCAGCAGCAAACAGGAGGAGUUUACUGAAACAAACACACACACAAAAAAGAACCUGCUACUUUCUUCUCCAGAACUGUGCUCCCACAGGCGACACACUCACAGUUAGACAAACGAGACUUGGUUCAGCCACAUCCUGACUACUGCAGCAUAGUUUUCUCUCUUCUCUCUCUGAUUUUUCCUAUUCCUUCUAUUGUACAUAAAGUAACUGGUGUAUGUGCACAGACAUAAUGCAUAUUUUUUUUAACUAAAUGGCCAAUGGUAUGUUUUGAUCGACAUUUAAUGGAGACGGGGUGGGAAAACAAACUGGUUCUGUGAAAAUGCCCCUCUCUCCGUUAGUGGCAUGCUCCUUCUACUUUUAUCUUUAUAUUCCAGUAAGUUAUUUUGCUCUCACUGUUAAAAACAAAAAUCUCGCAUACCUUGUUUGAUUGGAUAAUUUCAAUGUUUUUCUUUUAUCAUUGUAAAACCAAGGACAAUUUUAUAACUUUUUUGUACGUAGCUGUUACAUGUAGAGCAAUUUCUGUCUAAGUAGGGGUAAAUUACUCUAAAAAACAAAUGUUCCUAGAUAGUUUUCCCUUCAAGUAAAGCGUCUUGUUGUUUAAAUAAACUUCUUGUUUAAAAUAA